CUUUUUUAUUUCAUGUAAUUUAUCAGCAGCAGUUACUCAUAUUUAUAUAUAUAUAUAUAUAUAUAUUCUUGUUAAGUGAACAAACAGUAAUUAAGAUAAAACAGUUGACAAUGAACGUAAAAAGCUCUAGCAACACCGCAGGCAAGCCUAUCCGGUGCAGAGCUGCGGUUGCUAGGCAACCAGGAAAGCCAUUGGUGAUUGAAGAAGUGAUGGUGGCUGCACCAAAAUCUCGCGAAGUUCGGAUUAAAGUCAUAUGCACUUCUCUUUGUCACGUCGAUGUUACCUUUUGGAAAUUGCAGGAUCCUCCUGCUAUUUUCCCUAGAAUACUUGGUCAUGAAGCAAUGGGGGUUGUAGAGAGCGUGGGAGAAGGUGUACAUGAAGUUGUUGAAGGCGAUACUGUGAUCCCAAUCUUUUUGCCGGAUUGUGGUGAAUGUACAGAUUGCUUGUCUAAUAAAAGCAAUUUGUGCUCAAAUUUCACUUUUAGUAUUUCCCCUUGGAUUGAUAGAGAAGAAACAAGCAGGUUUACAGACAUGAAUGGAAAACCCCUAUACCAUUUUAUGUUUGUGUCGAGUUUGAGUGAGUACACAGUGGUUGACAUUGCUCAUAUAACCAAAAUUGAUCCAACAACCCCGGAAGAUAUAGCUUGCCUCUUUACUUGUGGAGUAGCAGCUGGGAUAGGUGCUGCGUGGAAAAAGGCAAAUGUUGAACCUGGAACAACAGUUGCGAUAUUUGGACUGGGUUCAAUCGGGCUAGCAGUUGCCGAGGGAGCAAGGCUAUGUGGUGCUACAAGGAUAAUUGGUGUUGAUGCAAACCAGGACAAAUUUGAACUGGGAAAGAAAUUUGGAGUCACUGAUUUCGUAAACUCUCGCAACUGUGGGAAUAAAACUGUUAGUCAGGUAAUAACUGAGAUGACAGACGGGGGAGCAGACUAUUGCUUUGAGUGUGCUGGUUUAACGUCCCUGAUGCAGGAAGCUUACGCUUCUUCAAGAAGGGGAUGGGGGAAAACAGUUGUGCUGGGCUAUGAUCAGCAACCAGGAGCGAUGUUGAACCUCAGUUCUUUUGAGGUACUUCACAGUGGCAAAAUAAUCACUGGCUCCCUUUUUGGAGGUCUCAAACCAAAAUGGGAUAUACCGAUCCUCAUACAACGCUACAUGAACAAGGAACUGAAACUCAAUGAAUUUAUCACACAUGAGGUUAACUUCGAAGAUGUCAACAAGGCUUUCGAUUUGCUUGUUGAAGGGAAGAGCAUACGGUGUGUGAUUAGGAUGAACAAAUGAUCAAAUUUCAAUGCAACGAAACAUUGUUUUGUACCAAGCGAAAAUUGGUCACAUUUGGCAUCAUAUGCAAUAAAAAUAAUACUUGUGUUUAAGUUCCUGACUUUAAGAUCUCAAAUAGCUAUAUAAAUUUAAUGAAUAAUAACCUCUGUAUUAUCCUUCAAAUAAAUAACAUUUAGCUACUAAAAUAAAUAAGCAGAAUGGUUUGAAGCA